AUGGCAGCCAGAGAGGACCUCUACAGUAAAAUCCUUCCACGGAGACUCCGGCAGAACCGCUCGGGGUCUGUGAAAUGCGGCUCCAACCUGGAUGUGCUGUUGUCAAUGGGCUUCCCGCGGCCAAGGGCGUUAAAAGCUAUGGCGUCAACUGGAGGUCGUAGUGUUCAAGCAGCUUGCGACUGGUUGUUCUCACAUGUGGACGACCCAUUCCUGGACGACGCAUUACCUCGGGAGUUUGUUCUGUACCUGCGACCGAGUGGACCGCUCCAGAACCAGCUCUCUCACUUCUGGCAACAGAGUCGAGUUAAAUGUGGCAAAAACAAAGCCCACAACAUUUUCCCUCACAUCACCCUGUGCCAGUUCUUCAUGUGUGCAGACCACAAGGUAGAGGCUCUUUGUGAGGCCCUCCGGGAUACCGUACAGCAGUGGCGGGGUAGAUUUCCCAGCCCACUGCCCCUCAAACUGUACACAUCCUCCAACUUCAUUGGUCUUUUCGUUGAGGAGCAUGUGGCUGAUGUGCUCAAGCAAUUUGCAUUUGAUUUCAGCACAGAGGCCGCCAAGAAAGCUGAGGUCUGUGUGGAGCCUCAUAAGAAACAGCUCCAUGUAACACUGGCUUACAACUUCCCUACUGAUCAUCUCGCUUCACUGGAAAAACUGGCAAAGGGCAUCGAGGUCAAGCUAGGUUGUGACUGGAUGGCAGUCCUUUUCUCCCGGGAUAUUCGUUUUGCGAACCAUGAGACUCUCAGAGUGAUGUACCCCUACAUGCCACAAAACGAAGAUGAGCUGGAGUUGGUCGCAGGGGAUUUUGUUUUCAUGUCUCCAAUGGACCAGAAUAAUGCCACGGAGGGAUGGGUGUAUGGGACGUCCCUCGCCAGCGGGCUCUCAGGCCUGUUGCCCGAAAACUACGUAGGUUUAGCUGAUGAGUCUGACACUUGGAUCUACCAUAGUUCCCACUCAUUCUUUAGCUGUGGACCCUCUGAUAAGGCCAGCAGGGAGAGGGGGAUGUUUGAUGGACUGCUGGACACCCGGUACCCUGAUAUGAGUCCUGGUGACACGCCAACCGUCAGUCUUAUUUGUCAUCCAAUGCAGCAGGUCCUACGGAUAAGUGGUAAUCACACUCGGCAGCCCAAACGGUCUUUUUUUGUUUGUCGGCACGGUGAGAGGAUGGACGUCGUGUUUGGAAAACACUGGCUCUCUCUUUGCUCAGACAGUAAAGGUAGAUACGUUCGGUCCAAUCUGAAUAUGCCUCCAAGUUUGCCACUAUGGGGAGGACAAAGGGAUUAUGACAUGGAUGCACCUGUCACUGUGUUUGGAUCCACACAAGCACAAUUAGUGGGCGAGGCUCUUUCAGAAAAUAACACUGUGAUUGAUUUUGUCUACUGCUCUCCUGCUCUGCGAUGCGUACAGACUGCGCAGAGCAUCCUUAAAGGUAUGCAGCUGGACGGCAAACUGAAAAUACGUGUGGAACCGGGACUAUUUGAAUGGACCAAAUGGGUUUUUGGGAGUUCUCUGCCAGCAUGGAUUCCUCCUGCUGACCUGGCCGCAACCCAGUUCAGUGUCGACACAACAUACAGACCGCUGAUCCCCAUCAGCAAGCUCACUGUGUCUGAAUCGUAUGAGAACUACAUGAGUCGAAGCCAUCAAGUGACCAAAGAGAUCCUAUCAGAUUGCAAAAACGCUGGAAACAAUGUGCUGAUUGUAGCCCACGCCUCUUCCUUAGAGGCGUGCACACGCCAGCUGCAGGGUUUCGUCCCACGGAGCGCCAAAGACUUCAUCCAAGUAGUUCGAAAGAUCCCUUACCUGGGCUUGUGCUCAUGUGAGGAGCAAGGAAACUCAGGACAGUGGCAGAUGGUCGACCCCCCCAUCCUCCCACUCACACAUGGACCAAACCACAGCUUUGACUGGAGGGAGACACUUUUGCAAGAAUAA